AAUGGUGGGUUAUAAAAUAAAACAUAUUUUGCAUUGUUGUGUAUUUUUGACAAUAUUAAUAGGAGCACUCAAAGUACGAAUUAAUCGUUAUUUAAGUGGAAAUGACAGAAGUGAUUAUAGUAGUUUUAUGAUAUUAUUCAACUGUAUUAAACUGGUGACAUUGAUCUCGCUGCCACAGAUGUUAUUUUGUUUCCUUGGCCUGAUAAUGUACGAUGCGUUUCCGGGUAAGGUUAAGUUGAAAGGUUCGCCAUUGUUGGCGCCAUUUAUAAACAUACGGGUAGUCACCCGCGGGGAUUAUCCGCAGUUGGUUAAAACGGGUGUGAAGCGUAACUUGAAAACGUGCAUGGACGCGGGAUUGAAAAACUUCCAGAUAGAAGUCGUCAGUGACAAGCCGAUCGGAUUGAUGUCGCACAGAAGAAUCCGGGAGCUGGUGGUUCCGAGCGAGUACCAGACCAAGACCGGGGCCUUGUUCAAAGCACGCAAACUACAGUACUGCCUUGAGGACGGGGUCAACAAGCUGGCUGACCAUGACUGGAUCGUCCAUCUUGAUGAAGAAACUCUUCUCACAGAGAACUCGAUCCACGGGAUCCUGAACUUUGUCCUCGACGGCAAGCAUCCUUUCGGCCAGGGUCUCAUCACUUACGCGAACGAGACCGUCGUCAACUGGAUCACCACCGUAGCCGACAGCGUUAGAGUCGCUGACGACAUGGGCAAGCUCAGGUUCCAGUUCUUCAUGUUCCACAGGCCGCUGUUUAGUAUGAAAGGUUCCUACGUCGUCACCCAGGCUGGUGUCGAGAAACGCGUGUCCUUCGACAACGGACUGGACAGUUCCAUAGCUGAGGUCUGUUUCUUCGCAUUGAAAGCUGACAGCCUCGGCUACACCUUCAACUUCAUCGAGGGCGAGAUGUGGGAAAAAUCUCCAUUCACGAUAUCCGAUUUUAUCCAACAACGUAUACGUUGGCACCAUGGUUACGACUUAGUCGUAAUCUCCAAUCUCAUUCCUUUAAAAAAUAAAAUAUUCGUCGCUAUUGCGUACUUCUCGUAUUACACGUCACCUAUAACAGUUCUGUGUAGCUUUUUUCCCUUUAUAAUUGAUCUAGAAUACCACAUCCUUAUCGAUUUACCCGCUACUUUCGUCGGCAUCGUCGGUGUUUAUUCGCACAUUUAUGGUUCCAUUAAAUCGUUUCCAUUUGAAAAUUAUAGUAUGCUUUCAUCGGUUAUGUUAAUAAUUUUGAUUUUAUUCUCACCAUUGACAAUAAUUUUAGAAGCUACUGCUUCAGUAUGUUCUUUAUUUAACCGUAAUUACUAUACAUUUUAUGUAGUUAAUAAAGUUCCAUCAGUAGUUAAUCAUAAAGAUUAACAUAUAAUGUGAAUUGUGGUCCCAGUAAGAGAUUGAACUUUGGGAAUUCCUCUUACUACCGAACACUUAUAAACUGCGCAUGCGCAAAAAAGUGGGAGAAUAUCCAGUACAGCCGAAUUCCAUUUAGUCUGACAUCUAGUUGAUGAAGAAGAAGAAGUAUCUUGGAAAUUCAGACUUAUGGAAUGCCCCUUCUUCUUUGAAGAGUCACCUACGCGCAUGCGCUGUGACAUUCAUAUGAAUAAUGCCAUUAUAAAGACACAGAUAAAAAUAUGUAGUAUCGAGUGGGGGACAGCGUAACUCGAAAGGGGAAGGGGUCAAGAUUGAGGGGAAUUUCAGACCCAAUGGAAUUUGACUGUUCAUAGAACGUUCAUAGUGGGGGUAAAAAUCCGACGAUACCCGAAGUUUAAUCUCGUGCUGGGACAAUAUAUUGAAUGUAUUCGUCGAAUAAACGAAUUAUUAU